CAGUCGGAUCUCCCUUUCGGACACCCGAAAUAUCCAUCAGCUGCAUAUGGGCGCGAGAUUAAAGAAUAUAAUGCCGUGCCGCCGCCGAGAGAAAAUGUAGUAAACUCGGUAGUACUCGCGUGCCUCCUACGCAAGCGAGUCGGCGAAGAGGGGCGGCGUACCUAACCUACAAAACUCGCUCCCAUUGGCGCGAGUGAGACAGAGCUAUAUGGUUCGAGACUCGCGUACGUAGUAAACGCGUAGCGUGAGACACGACAGAGAAAGAGAUACAUGUACAUAGGUAUACAGCGCGUGUUGUCCGAGAGACGAGACGUAUGUAUUAAUGUAUGUAUCAGAGCGGCGGAUCGCGAGCUGGCCGCGGCGACGAGAGCGCGAGAGAAGAUGGCGACGUAUUUGAAAAGGCCGUCGAAGCUGUUCGAGCGGCUGGCCGCGGUAUCGUCGAAAAGCAGUAGCAGUAGCGGUAGCAGUAGCGAAGAGCCGCAGCGGCAGCAGCCCCAGCUUCGCGAGCUGAUCUGCCCGGUGUGUCGCUCGCUGUUGCGCGAGCCGGUCACCCUUCCCUGCGCCCAUAACCUCUGUCUGAGCUGCCUCCGCGGCACCGUCGAGCACAGCAGUCUCAGCUGCCCGCUCUGCAGACAGAGGGUCGGCUCUUGGCUCCGCACUGCCACCAACCGACAGGACAGCCUCGUCAACGACGAGCUCUGGCAGCUCAUCAGGCGCACCUUCCCCGAGGAGCUCGGGCUCGCGCACGACGCGCCGGACCUCGACUUGGCCGCUGACUACCCAGCGAAGAAGCAGAUCAGCGCACCCGGAGAGAUAAGGAGGGAAUAUGAAGUUCAACUACAAAUGGUCGAAGAGGAAAUGAGGCGACAGAGGGAAAAGGACAGAUUGGCCAGCGAGGCUAUUAUAAGGAAAAUCCAGCAAGAGGAGGAGCAGCAAAAAUUGGUGCAACUAGCUCAGGACCAGUUAUUGGCCAAAACAUUAGCCAAGAGAGAGGUCAUUGACAAGAUCAAUGACAAACCUCAGCGCUCUGCUAAAUCCACCACCGUUGUUAACUCAGACAGGUCUAAUGUCAAUGUCAACACAAAUGCUAACCAAUCAAAGCCAGCGAGCAAUCAGAAGAUGUCAGUUAAGUCGAAGGAGCAAAAUGAUUCGAGAAAACUAAACGCAGCUCUGAUAUCUAAAAUAAGGAAGCACUCGUCUACUGUCAAGUCCAGUGCGGCAAAUGCUCAGAAGGAUUCUACAGAGACUUUCAGUUCACAGAAACCAGUGCCAAUACACAAUGCCGUUACCAGAGUUGUAACACAUCAGAGUAGAGGAAGCCAGCCUAACAAUACAAUUUUUCAAGCACUGGGAGAAAUUGUUGCAACAACUUCAAAGAUCUUCGGACUACAGAGCAAAGAGGAACUUCAUGUGCCCAGCGAUGUUCUUAGUAGUAACAAAAAGAAAUUAGGUGUUGAGGUCUGUGUGACAACAGUAGAGGGGGAAGAAAGGAUUGGAAGUGCUGAAAGUGCAGGAAGUCAUGAUAGCAUAAAUCAAGAAAUUCAUCACUUUAAACCAAUCAAAGCUCUGCCAAGAACUCCUCUACGAACAACAUCAGAUGGGCGGCAAGUCGAUCCAAAACUGAUAAGGGUAGUGCCUAAGCUGAAAAGAAUUUCUAAUGCCGUGCCAAAACCACCGACGCCGACGCAUCUAAAAAAAGCGUUCAGCUGCUCUUGGAGUGCUUUUAAAAAAAUAACGAAGCAGCAACAAACAUCACAGAAGAAUUCAUUAAACGUCCAGCAGCAGCAAGAGACCAAAAAGACUGAAAGGAAAGGAGACCACUCGCGGGUUGCCUCAAAAUCUAGAAAAUCCUUGCAGGAUCUUGACGAGCGCAAUUCCGAGGUAGACUUUGAUAGCAACAAAAACUACACGAAGAACGUCGGCAAGAUUAUCAACGGCACAAAGGUCAGUAAGAAGCUAAACCUGGAUGAACAGCCAAACGAACGUACGACCAAACAGCAGUCAAGGCGAACGGGUAAAAAGAACGGCCAGCUGCGAAGCAACAAGCACAAAUCGAAAAAAGAACCGAUAGAGCUAGUGGAACUUGACGACGAGGAGGACGAGCAGCAAGAGCAGAAGUCGACGAAUCGGAUUCCAACACCCGAUCCUCUGGAGUUGGCACCCAAACAGCAAGAGCAGAGCAGACCUGACAGUCCAGUCUUCGAAAUGGCUAUUAUGGAGAACAUAGCUGAGAGGAUUAAGAGGAGAAAGACUACUAGGACAGCCAGCAAUACCGAGAAUGUACAAUGUGCAAUGAAUCUGGUCGCGCCCGCAAUAACUAAGGCCAAGAGCAAAAAGACUAGUACAAAGAUUCGCAAACAGACGAAAACAAAGAAACCAGCCACGACAGUCGUGAAACAGAAACCAAAAGUAGAAAAGGUCACGUCGGUAACGAGUCAAAUCAAAAGGUUGGCAGCUAGAUCGGCGAAGCGACCCAGGUAUACCGAAGACACUGAGAGCGAAGACGAAGACAGGAUCAUUGAUCAGCAAAGACAAUCUCAAGUCAGUGAGGAGCAGAGACAGCUGGAGGAGAAUGAAGUUGCAGAGCUCGACAAAUCAAACCUCGAUCGGUCACCGACGCCUCCUGCAUUACCUUCGCCGCCCAAAAAAUCUCGCAAAUCCGCCAAAACUACCACUAAAAGCAGGGGUAAGAGUAAGAGCAAAAGCAAGAGCAAAAAGCAGAGCAAAGCUGCAGAACCGGUACUGCCUGCGCCAUCACCGGCACCCGCUGAGAGUUCGCUCAAUGUCAGCGAGGAAAUCGAUGAUGAUGCAGCAUUGCAGGAACAGGCACGGUUGGAGCGUCUUGCUGCUCAGGAGCGCGAGGACCGCGAACUUGCACUUAAAUUACAGGCAGAGUUCGCGGCAUUGGAGCGCGUUGCAGGUAGAACGAGACGCGGUGCUGCUCGAGCCCCCAGUCCGUUGAUCGAGACCAACAGUGAAGAGCAAAAGUCCAAAAAGGAUAGCAACGAGAAGAGGCCGCGAAAACGCGCUGUCUUCAAGUAGGACCAGCUAAUGGCUCGUAAGAUUCUCAUUAGAAUCAGCAUGGGACGCGCCGGACGGCUUCGCUCGUUUCUGAUUAAGUGAGAAGGCCUUGCGUGUCAUCUCCCGAGGAAAGGGUGCUCCUGAUGUUCUUUUUCUUUGGAGAAAUGAUUGUGAACCUUAGUAAUAGGCAGGACGAACAUUUUGAGGUAAUUUAUAAAGAUCGUUGGGGGUUUGAAGAGGAUCAAUUGAUAGUUGGAUUUAUAUAAUUGUACAGAUAUUUCUAUAAGGUUUUUUUCAGAAUUGAUUAUGCACGUCAAUCGAUCCUCUGAUUGAAGAGCUCGAAAAACGAAGGCAUAGCUACAACGAGGUCACUAUUGAAAAAAAGAGGGCAUAACUUUGAUUCUUUUGGUAUGAAAUGAUAACUUUUAAUAACCUCGAUUAAUUAAUUAACAGCUAGUGCUUGAGAUAAUUGAUUUUUUCCUUUGGUGCCAUAAAGACACUGAAAAAAUUGUAAAUUAAUGUGAAACUCGGAAAUUCACAAACAAAGCGUUGUUCGUUAGUGCAGCUCGUUCAGAUAACUCUCAAAGAUGAGAAUUAGUAAGAAAAAUGGUGCAUAGUUAAAAAAAAAGAGUAUUGCUGAAAAAACUUAUUCCAUUUGAACUUUAAUGUAUAAAAGUGGAUUCUUGUUUGCUAAAACUGAUGAAAAAACUAUAUAUUUCAUGAUUUAUGUCUUAUUCUGAGUAAUUUUAAAUGUUGGACCAUAAAUGAAAAAUUCAAUCUAACUUCGUUUUUCACAUACAAGUGAUGUUAUCCUGCAGAAUUGUUCCUAGUUCUCGUCUCUUCGAUCUAAGAGACACUUGCGUAAACCAGAACUAACGUUUCUUUGUUUAUUAUUUACCUAUUAGCAGAAAAUCGUCCUAUUCUCGCCUGACGUUUAAGGUGCGUUUAUUAUAUUAUACAUUACCCCUCGCGUGUAUCGUUGCAGCAAAGCAGAACAUAAAUGAGUCAAUAAAGCCAAUGUGGUGCGAUAUGCAUGUAAAAAAUUCUACUCGAUAUUACGCUGUCACGCUACGAGAAUGGCCAUUUUUAAAUUGAUUCGUAAUUUUUAGUCUGUUUAUUUUUCUUAUCUUAUUUAUUUGACUCGUCAAUAUCAUCUGAGUUCAUUAGGCAAAAAUGAAUAAAGUUUCGAAAUAAAAGUGUUGUUUUUAAAUAAUAAAAUUGAAGUGUGUAUAAGUUGUGUCGAUUUAAAAAUCUUAUUCUCAUAUAUCAUCUUGCAGAUCAUUUAAUCAGUGCUAGCUUCAACAUUUAGCAAAAAAUGUUAUAAAAUGAAUAUUUUCAUAGAUUGCUUAUAGAUGGAUGUCUUUAAUUUUUAGAUUCUUAUCAUCAAUGUUAAUUUGUUUUAACAUUUAUAACCCUGUACUUUUUUAAAGCUUGAAAUGAACGAUUAAAAGUUACUUCUUUAAGGAUGGCCAUUUUACGGUAUCAUUCUGCAAUUAGGUACUUGCAGUAUUCCUUCCGCUUCAUAUUUACUUUAUAUUACAGCACCGAAAAUAUUGUCUCAUAGCUUGCAAACGAAUGACUUCACUUGUGUAUAACUUUGUUAUAAUUCUUUCAUUUUAUGUUGUCAUUCUAUCUAAAAUGCCAAUAGGUCGAUGUACUUUUCAUCGAUCCAUUUAUGUAGCAAAAACAAAAAAAAAACAAAAAAAAUAAUAAUGGCUCCAGCGUAAAUGUCGGGGCUUGGUGUAUAAUUUUUCUUUUCCUGUUAUGGGAUGGAAAAAGUGAAUUUUUGUCCCGAUUUCGCUUAGUGUACAGAGACGACUGCAUAAAAAAGUGCGACUCUUGGAACUUCGUCGAACGCAGCUUAAAUCAUGUAUGUAGAAGCGAACGAUAAAUUUCCAACAGUUGACAGAUAAAUUUAUUUUAUUAUUUUUGUACUUCGAGUGUCGCUAUAUAUGGUAUAGAUAGACAUUUAAUCACGUGUAAAAAUAUCAAUUAGGGUGAAGAUGCUGCGGCUAUAAUUUAAUUUGUACUAUAUAUUACUCAUUCGUUUUACUGGAACAAAGCAGAGAAUGUGAAAAGUAUGAGUGGAUUUGUGCUAAAAUUAAUGAUGGUCAUCUGUGCAAGAAAGAAGGAUUGAACAAGCGUAUUGAAAUCUAUAAGUGAACUUUAAAAAGUCAUAUAAGCAGUACAAUGUAUUUUUUAUAUUCUAUAGUUUUUUAUCCAUGUUUUAUUAUAAGUGAAAUUACGGAAAUCCUUCUGUUUUAGAAAAAAGUUGUAUAAAAGUAAAUAUUUUUAAUCGAUCAAUUUAUAAAUGGCAAAUUUAUAAGCAGUACUGUAUUAUACAGCCUAUACAUUUUAAAAGUUUAGUACUGAUCAUAAUAAAUCAUACAUAUUAUAUAUUUACGUGUAUCUUUUGGUAUACCUUUGAUUACAAUUGAAAAGUUUUGGCUGUUGCAACCGAAAACAAGAGUUUAAAUAACGAAAUCACUUCAACUUAUGAUAAUUUAGGUAUGCAAUCCACUGUAAAAGAACAUAAACGUGAUUUAUUAAUGCACCCGUACUAAAGGAUAAACUGUAAAAAAUAUAUGUUUUGAAGAGUGAGAGAUGCGGGAAUUGAUCAUGAAAAUGAAAACUGUAUAGUAUCAUAACACUACGAAAAACCCGCUCAAAAACUAUUGUCAAAUAUUGUAUGCAAUGCCCUAAAUUAAGAAAAGUAACGUAAAAUUAGAUAUAAAUAAGAAAUAAAAUGAUCUAUUCGAUGGAUCAGUAUAAUAUAUUUAUUGUAUAAGCGUGUUAUGAAUACCUUCACUAUCUUUGCUAAGUAAACGUACGAUUUUUAUAUAAACGACACGUUUAAUUUAUAAAUAAAAGGCUAUGGAAGUCUUAUUUCUUCCAUUAAUGAUAAAAAUUAUAUAUAUAGAGAGAGUAUAAAGUAUAUCAAUGGAGAAAUAAUAACGUCGUAUAUGUUAUGAUUUCUGCACAUCGUGUUAUUUCUUUUUUUUUCAUUAUUUUAUUAUUAUUAUUUUUUUUUAAGGGACUACCUAUUUUUCUUAAGGGAGUUGUAUCAACGUUCUUUUGAGAAAGAAAAGCAGUUAUUAUAUAGAAGAAAGACGUUCUCGUUAAGAAAUGAUAUCCCACAAAAGUUAAGUUGUACAUAAAUGAAUUUUUGUAUAAGACGAAUUUAUCUCGCCAUGUAGAAAUUGAAAGAGAAAAAAAAACAAAAAAAAAAGGAAAAAUUUGAGAUUCAUGUCCGGUUACGCUCAACAUUGACGUAGGAAAAUUUAAUUUUAUAUGUAUAUUAUAUAUAAAGAAUAUCACGAAGUACUAGAUUUGUCUUCGGCAAUAGAAAGCGAUGAAAAAUAUUCCAAAAGUUGUUACAGACAGAAGGAAAAGAAAUCAAUAAAUUUAUUAACUACA